GCAGAGGGGACGAGGGACGCGGCGCGGACUCCCAGGCGGCUCUGAGAGGACGCGGAACGGACUCGCAGGCGGCUCUGAAGGCGCUCGGCGACCAUGGCAGAUCACGAAGCGGGGUUACCGCAGAAGCCCCGUCGGCCGCCAGAUGAUGACAAUACUGGCCUCGGUGUGUGUGGAUGGAUCCUGGUGAUCACCUCACUUGUGUUCACUGUCCUUACAUUUCCUAUAUCAAUAUGGAUGUGCAUAAAGAUUAUCAAGGAAUACGAGCGAGCCAUCAUCUUCAGACUUGGACGCAUCCUGAAAGGGGGAGCAAAGGGACCAGGUUUGUUUUUUGUCCUGCCUUGCACAGACAGCUUCAUCAAAGUUGAUAUGAGAACCAUCUCUUUUGAUAUCCCUCCUCAGGAGAUCCUGACCAGGGACUCGGUGACAAUUAACGUGGAUGGAGUGGUUUAUUACAGGGUGCAGAAUGCCACCCUGGCCGUGGCAAACAUCACCAACGCCGACUCAGCCACCCGGCUCCUGGCACAGACCACCCUGAGGAAUGUCCUGGGCACCAAAAGCCUCUCUGAGAUCCUCUCUGACCGUGAGGAAAUUGCACACAGCAUGCAGGUCACACUGGAUGAGGCCACAGACAACUGGGGCAUUAAGGUGGAACGUGUGGAGAUCAAGGAUGUGAAGCUGCCCAUCCAGCUGCAGAGAGCCAUGGCUGCAGAAGCAGAGGCAGCCCGGGAGGCGAGAGCCAAGGUGAUCGCGGCCGAGGGCGAGAUGAACGCGUCCAGGGCGCUGAAGGAGGCGUCCAUGGUGAUCACGGAGUCUCCCGCUGCUCUCCAGCUCCGGUACCUGCAGACCCUGACCACCAUCGCUGCUGAGAAGAAUUCCACCAUCGUCUUCCCCCUGCCCAUAAACAUCCUGCAGGGCCUCCUAGUCCAGAAAAAUAGGAGAAGAUUUGGAGGCUGCAUGGGGAAGGCUCGUCAGGCUGCCACCAGCACUGAGUCUGACAUCUUUAAAUUCUGGGACGUGGCAAUGGAACUGAAACCCCAAGAUCAGUGAUGUAAGUGCCCUUCUCCCACUGGCCAGCAUAAGUCCCUGUUGUUCCUUAUGCCCUUUCUGCUCCAAUCAGCUCUGUAUUUACAGGUGUUUUAGGCCUGGGUACCUGUGCCUCGACACGCUGUGCCUUUGUCACUGGCAGGAGAUGCCCAAGUGUUGUUGCUUUUCUGCCUGUCUGUUGGGCAGGUUUUCCUCUGCAUCGCCAAAGGAAUAUACUCUGUGUUUGUCAAGGUGGCAGCUCGUGUAAGCUGAGCUUUACUUCUGGCUGAGAGCAGGAGAAUCAGUUAACAAAGCUGGAAUAAUUAGCAUUGCUGUGCUCAGGCACUUGGAGUGGGAAACAGAGCAACAGCACAGCUCCAAGUUAUUCCUUAGGGAAGAUGAGUCACCCUGUAACUCCCGCUGCUCCUGCUGCAGGUGCCACCCCUGUGAAUUCUUGUUGACACAAGAUGCUUUUUGCUCUCAUCCUGAAUAAAAAACAUGCUGUUUACUAAUGAGUGAGUUUCUGAAAGAGUAAAAUACUGUUUAUCGGGGUCUCAAAUGCAUAUAAUUCUGAAGACGGGAAAGCAAAGCAGUCCCAAACUCCUCAAAGGAAUCUCUGUAACCUUUUAGUAAAAAGUCUGUGCAAAGAAGGUUUUGGUUUCUAAGAUGCGUUCAAACGCGGGAUCCAC